AUGGAUGUACAAGUGAAAAGGGACUCUGACAUCCUUGCUCAAAUGAUUAGAAAAUACAAAAACCCUGCGUUCGACAUAAGAAAGCCUCUGAAUGUUGAGUUUGUUGAUGAAUUUGGAGUGGACAGUGGAGGCCACACGAGAGAGUUAUUUUGUCUGUUGAUGAAAAGGCUGACUAAGGGCCAAGCAGAUGGUAUAAAUCUGUUUGAAGGCUUGCAAGGACAUUUGUUGCCUCGUCACGACUAUGAUCUGCUAUCAGGGGGACUAUUUGUUUUAAUAGGAAAGAUGAUCCUUCACUCAGUAUUGAAUGGUUGCUGUGGUAUAUCAGGUUUAUCUCCUGCUGCAAUUGCUUACAUUUGUACAGGCAGACGUGAUGCUGCAGUUCAACACCUCUCACUUGAGGAUUUAUCAGAUCCUGUUUUACAGAAAACCUUUCAAGAGGUUUGUACAGAUCAAGCCAUAUUUUAAGUUUGCAUUGAAUUUAAACUAAUAAAUAACACUGGCUACAGUAGCCUGGUUUCUAUUUUUUCAGGUGGAAAUGGUACCCCAGUGAGACUGCCAAAUGGCGCAAAUUACUGCCAAAUUACUGGCAUUAGUGAUGAGGGGAGUAAGAUCGGGGGAGGGGGGGGGGCAAGACCCCCCAAGUUUUCAGAAAAAAGUGCCCUGUCUCGUGUGCACGUUUGAAAGUUGCCCACGUUUUAAAGUUUUUGGAAAAGUUAAUUUUUUUAUUUCUCCUGGGUUGUGAAAUUUCUUGCGGCUUGACUAAAGUGGCUCAACUUGAGCCACAGGAAUUGGGUGGGCACUGGUCGGAAAACGUUUGGUGAGUUCGCAGGCUAGGGCACAGAAUAAAGACAUCUAGAAGAUCGACUCAGCGUUGCUACGUUAGUGCGCUUAUGGGAGGUAUCCCCCCUGAACGUCCGCAAUUUUGAAUAUUAUCAGGGGGUGAAUGCCUCUCAUAAGCGCACUGGCUAGGAAAGAGGUUGCAGCAUUUUCUAUUCUGUGGCUAGGGCACUCUAUGCUUUAAUAUGGUCCGCUUCCGGUGCUUCGUUCUUUGCGUAUUUGUCUCGAUAUCAACUGCGUUUAGACUCUCGAUUGGGCGAUAAAAAUUUUAGAAUCUUCUUCAAUCCUGUGCUUUUUUACUUAUUUUCUAGAAAAGACUGUUCAUAUUAAGGCAUAGAGUGCCCUAGCGUUUCCUAGCCAGUGCGCUUAUGAGAGGCAUUCACCCCCUGAUAAUAUUCAAAAUUGCGGACAUUCAGGGGGGAUACCUCCCAUAAGCGCACUAACUAGCAACGCCGAGUCGAUCUUCUAGGUGUCUUUAUUCUGUGCCCUAGCCUGCGAACUCACCAAACGUUUUCCGACCGGCGCCCACUCAAUUCCUGUGGCUCAAGUUGAGCCACUUUAGUCAAGCCGCAAGAAAUUUCACAACCCGGGAGAAAUAAAAAAAUUAACUUUUCCAAAAACUUUAAAACGUUGACUUUUUUCUAAGCCUCGCAUGCCUCGCAGUUUGUCGAAAUCUUUGCAAACAAAGAAUUUGCACGUUUUAGGCAUGCCUCGUACGUUUUGACCAUGCCUCGCACGUUUUGACCAUGCCUCGCACGUUUUUCGUCACGCCUCGCAUGCCUCGCACGUUUUCCGCAUGCCUCGCAUCGUGCCUCGCUGCCUCGCACUAUAGUUAAACUCCUCUGAGUGUGUAUCCACACCGGGCGAGCUUGAAAAAUAUGCCCGGCCACGGUGGGAUUCGAACCUACGACCUUUGGAAUAGGUCGUAGGUUCAAAUCCCACCGUGGCCGGGCAUAUUUUUCAAGCCCGCCCGGUGUGGAUACACACUCAGAGUAACAUCACAAAUAUCAUGAAAUAUGUUGUUCAGAUUGCAUUUUGUAUGAUUGCAGUCCCGCCCCCCCCCCCAACAUUUGCGGAAAAUUUUUCAGGUGUCUUUUCAUUCCAAAAGUGCCUCUUGAAACCGCCCCCCCCGCCAAUCUUUUGAUGCUUCCUACGCCCCUGCAAGUGACCCUCAGCUUCAGGAUAUUAGUGACAAUUUUGCCUGAAAAUCUUUCAAUGAUUGUGGGACGAGAAUGCUCAUUAUCGUUUCUUCUACACUAGUACUGUUAGUCUGUCACAGCAUCAGAACAAGUUACUAUAUAGAAUACAGGGUGUCCCCCAAGCACUAAUUAAUAGAAAUAUCCUAUCGUUAUAAUUUAAAUGCUUGAACACAAUUGAAUUGAAUUUUUAAUUACCAGUUGCAAGAAAUCCUGUGCUUAACAUCAAUAGGAAAAUUUAUACAGUGUCACUUUUUUGGGGACACCCUGUAGUAUACAGUGCAUAUGUACUGUUCCAAAAGGGUGAUUUUCUAGAUAACAUUUCAGGUAGUGUAAAAUCUUUGACCACUAAUUAAUAUGUCCGAUAUAUAGAGAAUAAAUGUCCCCAGCCUUCAGUGAGGGAUGGAGGUUUGUGAACACAGACCGAUGUUAUCCUUAAGUAACCUCUUGUUCCUGUCUUCCAGCUCUUGUGUUGUAACAGUGCAAAGUUGGCAGAUUUCACUCUUCCAGAGUCUUCUCUUUGCAUUAUUGAAGAACUUCAAGCUGCUGGUUAUCCACACUUGGAAGUGACAGAGCAGAAAAGACAUUUUGCAUACGAAUGUUGCCUAGUUCAUGAGGUCAUCACAAAACGGUUACCUGCGUUGGAUGAUAUCAGAAAGGGGCUUGCUGAAGUUAAUGUGACUGGCAUCACCCUGCUUUGUCUGCUUGAAAGAUUCCCAGAAUUACAGGGUAGAGUUUUUCCUGCAUAUUCAAAUGAUGUAUCUGCUAGUGUACUAAAAAUGCAUUUACAGUAUUUUGAAUCAACUGAUGAGAAAUGUGUCCAGGCACAGCUGUGGUUUGACCAGUAUAUUGAUGAGUUGGGUAAAAGAGGUGAGUUUUAUGUACAUGUGUCAUUAGUAGAAAUAUUAUAAGUUCAUAUGAAAACUCUUGUGUGCAAGCUGACCUUACCUUUAUUUUAGUUUUUAAUACUAAAUAUUCCUAAAUUUGUUUGUAGACAAGGACUGUGACCAAGAAACCUUGAGUGAUCUGGUACAAUUCUGGACAAGUUAUCCUGCAUUACCUUCAACAACUGCACAAAAGUUAACUGUGGAUUACUUAGAAGAUCUUAGCACCAAAUUGCUGCCUGAAGUGAAGACUUGUCCAAUGGUUCUUUCAAUCCCAGUUGUUCAUUCUAACUACGAGAGCUUUAAAAAAUACCUUGAUAAGGGUAUUUCUUUUGCAAAAGAAGGCUUUGGAAAGAUGUAA